AUGAACUUAAUUAUAGUUGUUACACUUAUCACUCUCAUCCUCUCCACAAUCCUGGCUACAGUAUCAUUUUGGCUUCCCCAAAUAACCCCCGAUGCAGAAAAGCUCUCCCCCUACGAAUGCGGUUUCGACCCUUUAGGCUCUGCACGCCUACCCUUCUCCCUACGCUUCUUUCUAGUCGCCAUCCUAUUCUUGCUGUUUGACCUGGAAAUUGCCCUCCUGCUCCCCCUUCCAUGAGGCAAUCAACUACUAACUCCCGCUUACACCCUUCUAUGAGCUGCAACCAUUUUAAUCCUACUCACCCUAGGCCUAAUUUAUGAGUGGGUACAGGGUGGCCUAGAAUGGGCCGAAUAG